AUGACUGGUUCAGAUUAUUCUAUUUAUCAAAAACCCACCUCAUGGAUAUCACGGUUUUCUAAUCAUGCUAAAUGUAUGAUGAUGAAAAAUGAUCGACAAGCUUCAGAUCAAGUUUCAGUACUUUCUUGUCCAGGUAGUUUAUCUUCACCAGAAUCAUCAGGUUUUACUUCGAUUGGGUUUACGGAUGAUAAUGAUUCUGGUUUUAUUAUUCCAUCACCUUCUUCCUCUACUUCUUCUUGGAAUUCUACUAUAUCAAAACAACAAACAAAAAAACAACAAUUACCACCGUCACCUACUUUGUCCCCUUGUGAUAAUCCCAUUAAUUCUUUAACGACGAAUAUCCAAGUUCUUCCAGCAAGAAAUAAUUAUUUUAUGGAUCGACCCUUACCAACUCAACGUAGAUCUCCUGGUCGACAUCGUCAUUCAUCCAUGGAAGGCAAUACCUCAAGGUCAUCAUUGAAUCAUAUAAACAGUAAACUUUUAUCAAGACAAUCAACAGCUUUGGAACAAUUAGCUCAAGAUACACUCACCUAUUUUGUUGAUUCUUCAUUACCAAUCAAAUCAAAAGAGAAAUCAUCAACACCAUCAUCAUCACCAUCAUCAUCAUCAUCAUCAUCAUCAUCAUCAUCAUCAGCACCAUCGUCAUCAUCAUCAUCAUCAUCAGCAAGUACAUUUUCAUCGCAUGAAUUAUCAUCAUCAUCAAAAAUGACAACCAAAUCGUCUAUGACAGAUAAUAGUCAUGCCAUCGAGCUAGUUGAAAAAUUACAAUCCAAGCUGACCGUCUCCGCAACAAUCCAUCCUUCUGUUUUGAAAUUGGCUCAAGAUGUCUUGCUCUAUAUGAAUCAAACUCCACCACUGACCAAGGAAUGCCAACAACUGAAACCAAAAUUGGAAGUUUGUACCAUCAUUCAUGGAAAGGCCACAAACUUGGAUAAUAAUUGUACAUAG